GUGUUUCGCUGAUUUUUUGUUGGAAAUGUUUAAAUCAGCUGUAGGAAUUUUCAUACGCCAUGCGAGAAAAUUUGCAUUAAACUCAAAAGCGAUUCCAAGUGUGGAUAUUGAAGAAGGCAUUUUCAAGUAUGUGCUUGUCAAGGUGUACGGUAAGGAAACAUCAGAUGGUUAUGAACCAUUUAAAACGGUAGUUAGGGGAUACCAGGACUAUGCAUGGCACGCUGAUAUAUAUGAACGUGUUAGCGCAUCCUGCGCGGCCUUAGGCUUGGCAACCGAAUGUUUAGGUGGUGGUAGAAUCGAGCAUAAUCCCUCUGCUAAAUUAAUCAAGGUUUACGGUUAUUCACAGGGUUUUGGCAAAGCUGAUCAUUCAGAAACAAAAAAAAUUUUAUUGACCAAAUAUAAAGACUAUACAAUUGAGAUUUCUGAUGAAGGUUAUUAAAUAUGAGUAAUGUAA